CGCAUCGUCCAUGAAUUUGUGUGGAAGGCCAGCUCUCAGAUCAACGUUUUGCCCUUGUUAUCCCAUGGAGGUUCCUUAGGAGCUAUAACAACUCACUCAGCAGGCCCAGGCACACUUUGGGGAACCCCAGCGAUUGCGGGGAAGGCGAAGGGGUGGCCUUUGUGUCACAUUUGGCCACCGCCUCCUGCUCUUCUGCCUUUUCCCUAGAUUAAAGCAAAGGUCUAUUUUUCACUAAGAAGAUGAACAAGCUGUACAUCGGGAACCUGGGCGAAAACGUGUGCCCUAUGGACCUGGAAAGUAUCUUUAAAGAGUCCAAGAUUCCUUUCACCGGUCAGUUUCUUGUGAAGACGGGAUAUGCUUUUGUGGACUGCCCCGACGAGAAUUGGGCUAUGAAGGCCAUCGAAGCACUUUCAGGUAAAGUGGAGCUGCAUGGUAAACUCCUAGAAGUUGAACAUUCAGUUCCCAAAAGACAAAGGAGUCGAAAACUUCAAAUCCGAAAUAUUCCACCACACUUGCAGUGGGAGGUCCUGGACGGUUUGCUGGCACAGUAUGGAACUGUGGAAACCUGUGAGCAAGUGAAUACUGACACAGAGACUGCAGUAGUAAAUGUAACAUACGCCAAUAAGGACCAGGCCAGGCAAGCAAUAGAAAAAUUGAACGGAUUCCAGCUUGAAAACUAUUCAUUAAAAGUUGCAUAUAUUCCUGAUGAAAUGGCAGCCCAACCACCUCCUCAGCAGCAUCCUCAAGGUAGACGUGGAUUUGGGCAGAGAGGUCCCCCUAGACAAGGUUCACCGGGCGCAGCAACAAGACAGAAACCACAGUCUGAUGUUCCAUUACGGAUACUUGUUCCAACCCAGUUUGUAGGAGCUAUUAUUGGAAAAGAAGGGGCCACAAUCAGAAAUAUCACAAAGCAGACGCAGUCAAAGAUUGAUAUUCAUCGUAAAGAAAAUGCAGGAGCUGCUGAAAAACCAAUUACAAUCCAUUCUACUCCAGAAGGAUGCUCAACUGCUUGUAAAAUUAUCAUGGAAAUAAUGCAAAAGGAAGCUCAAGACAUUAAAUUCACAGACGACAUUCCCUUGAAAAUACUGGCACAUAAUAAUUUUGUUGGCCGACUCAUUGGUAAAGAGGGACGGAAUUUGAAAAAAAUUGAACAGGAUACUGACACUAAAAUAACAAUAUCUCCAUUGCAGGACUUGACACUAUAUAAUCCAGAACGAACCAUUACAGUUAAAGGCAGUAUUGAUACAUGUGCCAAGGCUGAGGAGGAAAUAAUGAAGAAAAUCAGAGAGUCAUAUGAAAAUGAUAUUGCUGCUAUGAAUCUUCAAGCACAUUUAAUUCCAGGGCUAAAUCUGAAUGCCUUGGGUUUAUUCCCACCUUCUUCAGGGAUACCACCUCCCACAGUGGGUGUUGCUCCAGCCACUGCUUCCUCUUCAUAUCCUCCAUUUGGGUUCUGCCAUUUUCCCUCCUACAAUUACAGAGGCCAGCAACAACCAGAAUCUGAGACAGUUCAUCUGUUCAUACCAGCCUUAGCAGUGGGAGCCAUUAUUGGCAAGCAAGGACAGCACAUCAAGCAACUUUCUCGUUUUGCAGGUGCAUCUAUUAAGAUAGCGCCUCCUGAAGGACCAGAUGCCAAACUGAGAAUGGUGAUAAUUACUGGACCUCCUGAGGCACAAUUCAAGGCCCAGGGGAGAAUCUAUGGGAAACUUAAGGAAGAAAAUUUCUUUGGACCUAAAGAAGAAGUAAAACUUGAAGCUCAUAUAAAAGUGCCAUCCCAUGCUGCUGGUAGAGUUAUUGGCAAAGGUGGCAAAACGGUAAAUGAGCUUCAGAAUUUAACAAGUGCAGAAGUUGUUGUUCCUCGUGAUCAGACACCAGAUGAAAAUGAUCAGGUGGUUGUGAAAAUUACUGGUCAUUUCUAUGCAUGCCAGCUUGCCCAACGAAAAAUUCAGGAAAUACUGGCUCAGGUAAGAAGACAACAACAACAACAACAGAAAACAGCACCAAGUGGACAGCCUCAGCAGAGACGAAAAUAAAAGUUUAGUAAAAGACCCUUCAGAGACAGAUGCCAAACCAAAGAGAGAGAGAGAGAGAGAGAGAGAGAAAAAGAGAGAGACUAAACUGUAAUGGACAGGUUAUGGGCACCUGUUGGAAUGAUAUACAAAAGUUUCACCAAGCCAGUUUGUUUGAGGACCAGGCGCAGUUGGCAUACUGUCUCUGAGAAUGUAUUCUUUAGGCUCUCUUUAUUUUUUGAAACCCAGCUUUAAACUAAGGACCCCUUCACUUCCCUUUUGUUCUAUUCUCACAGUUUAACAUAAACUUGCUAGUUUUCUUUCAUGGUUCUUACUAUUCCCCAGCAAUAUUAGGCAUUGAUUUAAUGAAGCUUUCUCUUUCGAGUUCAUUGGUAUAACAAGUAAAGGCAUUGCUAUUCUAUUCCACUUGUAAAAGAAGCAAAGAUAACGGGAAGGUUUGAUUUGGGGAUGGGACUGGAGUUUAGACAAGGGCAUUAACAAAGAGGUUAAGUGUUAUUCCCAAUGUUAACCAAGUGGCUUUUUUUUUAAAAACCCUUUUGGCUGCAUUUAUACACAAUACUGCCAUGUAUAAACUAAGAGGUUUCAGUGAUGUUGGCCAGGCAUAAAAAGAUGAAUAUGCAUUUUACUAAACUACCUCAGGCAUUUAAUACCUCAAAUAAGAAAUUAUUCCUUUUUUGCCUUUUUUUUUUUUGCUUUUUUUUUUUUGUAUUUUGUAUACUUUAUAAAGCUAAUAGUUUUUGAGCAUUUUAUUUUUUUAAAAAAUGAUAAAUUUGAUCAGCCAACAAUCUAGGAGUGCUACAGAAUUUAUUGAGAUGGGACAAAUGUUGUGAGUGACUUCUAACUGUUGGCUGACAGGAGUGAGAUGGAAAAAAAUUAGUUUCAGAUUAUAUAUGAGGAUGUUAACACAAUCAUUUUUUUGGGGGGUGGGUAGGGAAUCAGUGAAUGUUCAGAUUAACCUAAACAAAUGCCAAUAUACUCAUUGCAGCAAUGCCAUUAUUUUUCUGUUAAGAUGGGAUGAAAAAAAUUGAUGGUACGUUAUUGGGAACAGAACAAGGAAGUGAUGGCAAGAGGCUGGGACUUCUGGGUAAAUGCUAGGAAGUCUGUUAGAACUGGACAUUUUUUUUUCUUGUAUUACUUGAUUGAAUGCAUGAACCCUUUGUGCCUUUGACCAUCACUCUCUGCCUACUAAUACUAAAACAUUUGCAGCCCAUUUGUAUGUUCUGUUUCAAAGAGCAAGCUUCAUCUUGAGUUUGGUAAUGUGCUUGAUCAGUUAGAGCAGUUUGGAGGCAUGGGUUCUCUGCUUUCCAGCAAUUGCUUCGUACUCUUUUCAGUUAUUGUAUUGGGUGUUGGGUAAGGGAGGUGAGAUCAACAUUGUUUGAUGAUCCCAUUUAAAGGUAAUGAAAGGCUAAGUUUACAUAUCCUCUAUUAAAGGCCACACUAAGCCACUUCGAAGGGUUUUUUAAAAAUAAAAAUAAAUUCAUACAACCUCAAGCUUGGCUUACAAACAAGAUACAGCAGCAUUUAUGCACAUUCUGCAACAACCACAAACUAAAAACGUACUAAAAAGCAGGGAUCACAGAAAAAUUAUAAUUUUUCUUUAAUUUCAGAAUGUAAUUUGAAUUGUAAUUGUGGUAAUAUGCAUUCAAGUUUCUACACAAACUUCAGUCUACCUCAGUUUAACAAUGUGGCAACACAUGGUGCAUAAAGACUGCUGUGCGUGUGCAUGCCUCCCCGGGUGCACGAGCCAUGCUAUUACCUCGGACCCUUUUGUUUGUAAUGUUUCUGUGCAUGAGAAGAUUGGGACUGCUAUGCUGCAUUGUUUGCAGGGGCACAAUUAGCAAAAAAUAGUUUGUUUCACCAUUUUGUUGAUCUACCUCUUAGAUUGAUAAGAAAAUAGAGGCAUUUCUACAUAGAAUAGAUCAUUUGCCCAAAGAUUAUGGUUAUACAGAUUAGAUAACUUUUUGGGGGGGGAAAGUUUCUUUUAUUUUACUGCAUUUUUCUUUACUAAUUGGCUUAAAAAUACAAGUAUAUGUUGUAGUUUAGCAGAAAGAAAGAAAAACAAGUUUCUGGGGGCUUGGAAGGGGGAACAAUACUUUACCUAAACUUUAGGAGAUUUUUCUUUUCUUAUAAUGAACUUUUACAAUUAUUGAAGUAAGAAGAUGGACAUAAUGAUUUUUAAAAAUCUGUGUCCAAUAUUAUUAAUUUUGGCAAGAUUGAUAUGAUUGUUUUCCUUAAUAGCUUUAUUUUACAAAAUAAGUGCUACAUUUACACCUGCUGACGUAAAUAUUGUCGUUUUUCUUUAAAUUUGUAGACUUUAGUGUGGUAAAAUCAUGUCUUUUAGUUUCAGUUGAGAUACGGCAAUAUGAAGUAUUUCAUAUAGCUAGGAAGUGAAACUUUAAAUGAUUUCAGUGUUUAAUAAAGUAUUGAUCAUUUCUUCUCUGUAAUGUGCCCCCUAUGCAGCUUCACUUGCCAGAUGCCUCUGAAUGGAAUAAAGAGUUUAACUCCUACUAUCAGAUAAA